AUGAUAGCUCUCUUGCGCCACAGAGCGGUGAAGAUCCUCUCUUUGCUUCUUUUGGUCGCACUUGUUUCCAUCCAAUUACUAUGGCAGCCUUCCGCAAUUAAUCAAUCGGUGAAGCUUUCCCAAAUCAAGUCCCCUAAAUUGUCACACAAGAAGCCACCUGUACAAAAGAAUGAAAAGAAGAAAAGUUCAAAGCCGGCGUCAAGCGAGGUGCAUCAUCUGAAACAGGAGAAAAUUCAUGUAGAAUCUCCAACUCGACCUCCUCCUGAACCAUCGACUUUGAAAGCGACUACUACCAAGCCAGUUGAUGACGUAAAAAUCACCGAUGAAGACUCCCCCAUCAUCGACAACAAUGCCGACAGUAUCAUUGAGAUGUCCGAGAAACCAAGUCUCCCCAGUGAAGAAGAGACUUUAUCGGUCGAAAAAGACAGCGAAAUAAUCGAUGUCCAGUCUUAUGACAGUCAGACAUUUUCGGUCAGCAAGGAUUUCUGGAUGCACGCAAGUCCAAAUACCAAGGCAAUCUUUGCCCAGCUCCCGGUUCAAUUUGAAAAGGAGUUUAAAAAUCCUUGUUUUUGGCAAAAGUUUGAAGGAGAAAUUUCCGCUGAUCCGUAUCUGAACUCCCCGUACGCUCCAGUUCCUGGGGAAGAAAGACAGUAUGACCCGUGGGGACACAAUAAUUACUACCGAAAAGCGCGAGCUGAUUUCAUCGGACGUCUGAACAAAACAGAGACUGGCACUUAUCGUUUUCGAUGCCUUCCGUAUUUCUAUCUGAUUUCGACGCCAAAAAGUGGGACGACGACGCUCUGGAAUCAGAUGGUCAAGCACCCAGAUGUCGAUCUCAGAAUCGGAAUCAAAGAAAACGCCUGGUGGAAUUUCAUGCGCCGCGGGCUUCGUGGCGACCACCACUGGGUCUAUCACUUGGUCAAUCCUCCAAAAGACUAUCUCCCGAACGAUGAGCUGCUCGAAACUUUGGACCAGUUUAUGGAUCUCUUCGACAACGAAGGCGACAACUUCCGAAAAACUUUCAAAGAAAACGGCGGCAAUUUCGUGAAUACAAUAACAGCUCUUGCUCCGAUCAAUUUGCUGACUGCGCCAAUCGACUUUUGGGAAGAGCUGCAUCCAGAACUAGUCAAAGCUGGAUUCAAAUCUCCUCCAUUAUAUCUACACCCAGCAUACAUAAUCCACAAAGUACAACCGAGUGCACGACUCGUUGCGCUAAUACGCGAUCCUACUGAACGAUUGUACAGUGACUGGCAGUUCUUCAACAAGAAAUCGGACAAGAAGGAGUUUCAUGAACUCGUCAAGCACGCCGUGGCUCAAUUUCAAAACUGUCUUGACGAGGGUGAUGAAAGAAAAUGCCUCUACAGCUGGAAAUUAAUUGCCAAGCGGCUCAGGUUGAAUCGAGGUCUUUACGCUCCGUUUCUUGAAGAUUUAUUCAAAGUCUUCCCGCGCAAUCAGGUCCUCGUCAUGAAUUUCGAUCACUUUACUCAACAUCAGCUUGAAGCUAAUAACGAGAUAUUGCGAUUUCUCAAUAUGAGUGAAAUUGAAUCAGAAAAAUCAAUUCUAAAGAAAGCAUUUUACAACCGCUGGUUCAUUGAUGACGACGACAAAAUCAUGCUCCCAGAAACUCGAAAAAUCCUCGACGAUUUCUACGGCCCAUUCAACAAGCGUCUCGCAACUCUUCUUGGCGACGAGUCGUACCGCUGGGAUGUCUACCGACCGGUUCCAGAGCUGAGGCCGAAGCCAGAUCCGACAGAUGCGGAGAAGCCGAAUCAUCAAUAA